AUGAGAAACAAUCAGUUGAAUUUUACCCAUAGAAGUGAACAAACGUAAAUCAAAUCAAUCACAAUUUACUUAAGAAAUGGCUUCGUUGGUGCUACUAGCCGUUUGUUUUGGAAUGAUUGUGUACAAAGCGUACAAAUAUAUGUUCUUUAAGCCGCCGAAUUUUCCACCAGGUCCACCGCGUAUACCAUUCUUUGGGGCAUAUUUAUUCCUCCUAUUGAUCAACUACCAUGACAUCCAACAUUCAAUCGAUUGGCUUUGCAAAUACUACAAGACAAAUGUUCUUGGUCUAUAUCUCGGUACGUUUGCUGUAGCUAUUGCAAAUGAUGCCGCUAGUAUAAAAGAAACUAUGUUCAAUACGAAAAUGGAUGGCCGACCGAACAUACUAUUAGGACAGAUACGACAUCCGGACAAUGUUAACAAAGGUGUUUUCUUCACGCAAGGUUUAUUCUGGAGAGACGAGAGACGAUUCACGUUAAGACAUUUAAGAGACUUUGGUUUCGGACGUCGAUUCACAGAACUUGAAUUGGAUUUAGAAGACGAGUUGAGGCAAUUGGUUGAAAUGAUUAAGUAUGGUCCGAAAUAUCCACAUGAAGAAGAGCUCUUUCACGAUGGCAUGGCAUCAUGUCCCAAUAUUUUCAAUGCGUUGGCUGCCAAUUCAUUUCUGAAAGUUAUGUGCAAUGAACGGAUUCCCAGGGAUAAACAGGGCAUCUUGUUGCGAGCAGCUAAGGAUACAUACAAGUUUGCGAAGCUUGGUCAGAGCUACGGUCGAAUGAUGAGCAUAUUACCAUGGGUUGUAAACGUAUUUCCAAACCUAUCUGGUUAUAAUGAAAUAAGGCCGGCUGUCAAUGGUCAAUAUGAGUUCAUGAAAAUGUUCGUUGACGAACAGUAUAAAACGUAUGAUGAGAAUCACGAGCGUCAUUUCUUAGACGUGUAUUUCAAGGAAAUGAAAGCAGCAGAACGAAACAAACACUUUCGAAAUGCAGAAUUUAGCUACGAUCAGCUCAUCAUGACGUGCGUAGAUUUCUUUAUGGCUGCGAGUGUUGCAAUACCCCUUGCUGUUGCAUACUUGGUCCGCCUGCUCAUUUUGAAUCCUCAUAUGAAGCAAAGAGUUCAAGGCGAAAUUGAUAGAGUAGUUGGACAAUCAAGGCUACCUAACUUGAGUGAUAGAACGGAAUUGCCUUACACUGAAGCAUGUAUUAGGGAAUCGCUUCGAUACAACACUCUUAUUCCGAAUGGUAUUCCCCGUGUCGCUUUGGAAUCAACUACGUUGUCUGAUUACGACAUUCCAGCUAAUUGUGUCAUAGGUAUUGGAUUGAGAUCGGCACAUUUGGAUUCGAAUGAAUGGGACAAUUCUAACAAAUUUCAACCGGAACGAUUUUUAAACAAUGAAGGAAAAUUGGAUUUAAAGAAAGACCUGUCUAUACCGUUCGGUGCUGGGAAACGAUUGUGUGCCGGUGAGACUCAUGCCAGAAAUUUAAUGUUUCUAUUAACGACUACGAUUCUACAAAACUUUGACAUUUCUGUGCCUGUUGAGUCGAAUUUACCUCGAGACGGUGACUUUAUUACGGGAAUUGCGUCUAUCGUUCCAGACUUCUUCGUAAAAUUCGAAGCAAGAUAAAGUUUUGAAUAACAGGCUGGUCAUCUGCUCUAGACAGUGACCACAAAUACUCUGGUUAAGGUUUUACUCACAUAGCAACAUGUAUAUUAAAAUGAAGUACAAGAUUCAGUACCAUAAACAUU